AUUGAACCACGUGAUUGAUUGUAAGAGAGAUAGACACAGAGGGAGAGAGAGAAGAAGAAGAAGAAAUGGGGAGAGAGGUAUCAGAGAGCUGCGUGGACAGUUUGGUGAUAGAGAUGGUUUCAGCCUACUGCAAUCGAUUCUACACCUCCAAGCCAGAGCUCGCCGCUCGGAGGAUCGAGGCCAUUGGUUAUCAAGUCGGUCACCAGCUGUCAGAGAGGUAUACCAUAGAAAGGCCUAGGUUCAGUGAUCAUCUAGAAGCAAUCAAGUUCAUCUGCAAAGAUUUCUGGUCUGAACUCUUUAAGAAGCAGAUUGACAAUUUAAAGACCAAUCAUAGGGUAAGUCUGAUAAGCUGAACUUAAAAGAAAUUAUAUUGGCUGACGCUGCAGGUGUCAAUUGAUCCAUCGCCAGCCAGCACUGAUCUGUUUACUGCACAAGCAACAAGCAUGCAUCUCUACUUCCCAUGUGGGAUCAUAAGGGGAGCACUUUCAAAUUUGGGUAUUCCUUGUGCAGUUUCUGCAGAUAUAUCCAACCUUCCUGCAUGUUCAUUUGUGGUCCGAAUAAAGGCUUGAUGAAUGCUUUAUGGAGGAGGGAGAAGGGAAAAGGAGAAAUUGGCAGACUGGCGGUUACGUCGUUGCUUUAGCCGUGGCUUCUCAUUGACAGGGAUUAUGAAUGGUGCUCAUCUCUAUAGUAGCUUGAUUUUUAUUUUCUUGUGUGGUACAUUGGUUAAAGGAUAUUUGCAAUACUUCAUUCAUAAUAUCCAAAAUUACAGAACCUUUUUUUUUUCCCCCC